AUGCAUGAAAACUCAUCUUCAUGGAACAUACUAGCACUGGAAUCACUGGGUUUAUCAACUACACACAUGUAUCCAGCAUUUAUAUUCGGAACGCUUGCUUAUUUAUUUAUUGUCUUUUGCAAUAUGUUGGUAUUAACAACUAUUGCUCUGAGUAAAAAGCUGCACAAGCCCAUGUUCAUCCUGCUGUUCAGCUUGCCCAUUAGCGACAUGAUCGGUGCCACGGCUUUUUUCCCUCAUGUUCUUCUCAGCAUUGCGACGCAGAACAGACUGAUUUCCUAUCCCGCAUGUGUUACUCAAGCUUUUCUCGUUCAUUUCUACGGCACAGGGAACUUGCUGAUCUUGAGUGCUAUGGCAUACGACAGAUACAUCGCUAUAUGUUGUCCACUGAGGUACAACACCAUCAUGAAUCCGCACACUUUAACCAGAAUCAUUGUUUUAAUAUGGGUUGUGACUUUCUCCAUCAUCUUUACCCUCAUAAUACUGAAUGCACGUUUUAGAGUCUGCAGAACAAAUAUAGUGGAUUUAUUCUGCAACAAUCCGUCGUUAAUGAAACUAGCCUGCGAGGACACCAGUGUGAACAACUACUACGGAAUAGCUGCUACGAUUGUGGUCCAGGGAGGCCCUCUGUUGUUACUGAUGUAUACAUAUGCACAAAUCUUGCGUACGUGUGUCAUGAAUAAUCAGCCCGAUGCCAGACGGAAAGCCAUGCAGACGUGUGGUACGCAUUUAGUUGUUUUCUUGAUUUUAGAAAUCACUACUGCCUUCACACUCAUUUCUCAUCGCUUCGAGAGCGUGUCCCCUUUCCUGAGAAGGGCUUGUGGGGUGUCGAUUCUGAUUUUUCCACCAUUUUUGGACCCAAUCAUAUAUGGACUGAAAGUCACAGAACUAAAGCGGAGCAUGUUAAUGUUCAAAAAAAGAAAAGUGGGUUCAGCUAAGUAG